UCCGUAUCACUUACCGUAAUUGGCAAUUUCACUAUGAAUAAUGCACAUUGCCAGAAUCUGAAUAUUUUUAAUCCACAAAAUCCCAAAUCUGAAAAAAUGUUCCCGCCCAGAAAACAAAAUCCCCCGCACAGUCAAAAAUGAAAAUUUCAAUUUCAUACUCGCCUCCAUUUUCCUAUGGUGAUUUCAACCCAGAAUCCAAAUCUAAAACCAGAAAUCCCACGAUUUCAUUUUCUCUCUUCAGACUUAAACCCUCCAUUAUUUCACCUUCUUCUUCCUCUUCCUCAUCAUUCAGGGAAUGGUGGGAUCUUCGUGUAAUAAUAGCUUCUCUAAAACAAUAUGUUCAAUUUGUUACGAAGAUCUAAAACCCAUUGUUGAAGACCUUCAAGCUAUCUCCAUUUGCGGCCAUGUCUUCCAUGAACUCUGUUUACAGCAAUGGUUCGAGUAUUGCAAGAACUCGAAGAAACAGUCAUGUCCAGUUUGCAAGCAGGGCUGUACCCAGAAAAGUGUGGGUCGUCUUUAUUUUCAAUCAAUUGGGGAUCCGAUUUGUUCUCAAUCUCAAAUUGAUACCCAGAAACAUAGCAAAAUUGGCGACGAUGAAUCCCCGGAAUUGUUGCGUGUGGAGGUUAAACGAUUGGAAGCUAAGGUUGCUGGGCUUAGUUCUGCUUUGGAUUUGAAUCAGAAGGACCUUAAACAACUCAAUGAUCAGCUACAAACAUGCAGUAAACAGCUAUCCAAAGAAGUACUGUUAAAGAAUGAGGCCUUGAGGAACAAGGAGUGCAUCCAAGCAAUGCUUCAAACAAAAUCUAGUGAUCUAGUUAAAUCAAAUUUGGAAUGCUCAAGGUUGCAAGAGAAGAAUUUGGCGUUAGUCAAAGAGAUUGCUGCCCUGAAGCUGGUGUCAAAUUGUAACUUGGAGGAAGAAGAUAUCGUGAAACUUGCUACAAUUGGUCAUGAAAGUAAUGCCCAAGGUGCAAUUGAUGUACUCAAGAAGUCAUUGGUUAUUUGUAAGAAGAGCUACAAUGAAUUGAUGGCUAAGUGCAACUCUUUCUGUAGGGAAAAAGCUCAUUCACUGAGAAAGCUUGAGAAGGCAAAAGAAAAGAUAGUAAAGCUCAAGACAAGAGUUCAGGAACUGGAGUUAGCCAUCGAAGCAAAAGAUAAUGAAAUAUUAAGGUCCUUAAAAGCUUCCAAGAAAAGAAAUUGCAAUGAUGUAAUCAUGCCAAGCGUCAGUAAAAGCACAGAGCCUUCAUAUGCUUUCAAACAUCCAACUGUUGAGCGAAAGGGAAAAUCCCCAACUUCAGUGAUUAAUUUGGAUGGAGAGGAAAAUGAUGAUCCUUUUGUGGUUAAGGAAACAAAUAGAGAUGAUUGUACUUUCCCCUGCAAGGAUGAACUGCAGAAGUUGAAAACUGUGGAUUCCCAUUCGAAGGCUGAUAAUCAGAAGAGUAAAUCGUUGGGGUUUGUUGAUUGUGACAGUAAUGAGGACUGGAUGCAGCAACCAGAUCACCAAUUUGGGUUGUCAUGUUCGGCUGGUCUAAGGAAUGAAGUGCUUAAUGAUCAUUCUGCUACAAAGGGGUUGCUUCUUCAGGAUAUAAGACAAGUUCAACCUUCAUUUAAUUCCAAAGCAGAUACCACUGCUCCAAUCCCUCUUGCUGAGCCAGGAGAUCGAUGUUUUACUGGAGGGUUACUUGGACCAGAUGGAGCAAACAGGUAUCUGGGAAAAUGGUGCAAGCGGCCACAGAACAAGUCAUCUCUGGGAUUAAGUCGUAAUACUGAUACCUUAAUUUCAGAAGGAGCAGACGGAAGGGGUGGUAGGGUUAAAGUUCUGAGAUCUCUUAAUCAGGCUUCUAUGGAUGCAAGAGACAGCAUUACUUCAGCAAAGAGACUCAAAUCUGUAACGAAAUCAAGUGGUUUGCAGUCUCAAGGGUGUCUGCAAAUGGAACAUUUCUUUCAAAAGGCUAACAAAUAAAGUCUCAACUCAAAAGUAUUCUUUCAGCAUCAGGAAAGAAGUUACUUGGUCAAGCCACAAGGUAGGUUCAACCCACCUGAUCCUUGUAUAAUAUUUGAAAGAAUCAAACAAGCAAAGGUAGGGCAGAUGUAUUAGGUCUUUAAUGUAUACCAGGUAGUUUAGUAUUUUUUUUUUUGGUCUAGCCAUUCCAAGUCGCGCUUAAAAUUCCCAAGGAGGACUGGAAGAUUGGAGGGUGAUUAAUUGUCGCUUUCAUUUUUAUGCUUCCAUUGGUGUGGCCUGUUGGGUAUCUUGGGCAUUUUGUUGGGAUGUUGUAAUGUGAUUAUUCAUUUAGAUCGACUUCUGUAAAAACAAAUACUGUACUACUAGGUCAUUUUGGAAAAUUUGAUGGUGUUAUCAAUUAUGACGGAUUGUGACAAUGUGACAAACUGACAAUAAGUUAUUGGACUUGUUGAGUACGUCAUAUUAUUUCCAUGAAAUAACGGGCAUGUGAAAAUUAAGAAG